UCCUAUCCUCAACUGAGCUGUCUGCAGACUCUACGUAUUCCGGCCCGUUUGGGGCCUCUUCGUGUCUCAAUCGCAGGACCUGCACAUUAAUCUUCGUCCUUUCUGUCUGUGGAGACACCGCCAGUAUCCACCCACACCUUAACCCUCCCACUGUCGCCUUGCGCUCUCUCUCCCGGCGCCCCUGGAAUCCCACCCUGAGCUCUCGUCUCAGGACUCAGUCCUCGCAACCCCAUGCCAAGCCCGCAGCCCCACGCUGGACCUCACAGCCUCACCCUGAUCGCUCUGCUCCACCCUGAUCCUGCAGCCUCACCUCCCUGAAGCCUGGGCUUCCUUAUGCUCCUCCACACCUUGUGUGCCUCAGUCUUACUCUCAUUUUCUUGUUUUUCACACCAGUGGAGGAAGAGGUCCCCAUUCCUUCUUCCCGAUCCACGGAACAGCCGUGGACUUGAAGUCAGCAGACCUGUAAUCUAGUCCAGCUCAGCCUCUCACUCUGUGACCUUGGGCAAAUCCUGUAACUCUAGGACUCUCUUCGUCUCUAAAAUGGAGACGACAGUUGCUCCAUCAGUCUUAGGGUGAAGCUGUGUGCAGAGCCAAUUAGCUAGUAUGUGUGAAGGUGAUUUGUAAACUGUAAAGCCUCCACAAGCGACAGAGAUUAUUUUUUAUUACAAUUAUUAAUGCUCUGGAACGCCCUUAUAGGGGCUCUUUUCCAGCUCUACUACCUUGUUGCUCAAACUCAUCCCUUGAGUGCUUCAUUCUCGAAAAGCAGGGUGACAUUUCCUCACUUCCUCCGGAGAACAAAGAUCAGACCAGUGAGCUCUUAGUCUCCAGAGAGCUUUGUCUGAAAGGAGGCACCGGAGAAGUGCUUAUCUUGGACUCUGUCCUGAAAUAUCCAGUGAUGAGAGGCCCAUACAGCUGGCAGAGGAGCAGUCCUCGGCUCAUUAGAAACAGAACCCCAGCAGGAGAGGACAGCUGCAUUUUAAGCCCCAGCCAUUCCCUCUGGACUCUUCUCGGCCUGUUUAGUAGACUCUGGCUUUGGUGUGGAAGGAAAGAAUCCGUUUUGCCAAAGGGUUUAAUCCAGGAAAAAUGAAAGAGACCUUGGCUGGGUAUGAUGAAAGAAAGAUUUAGCAUUGCUAAUUAGUUCCUAACAUUUAUGAUCCCUUAAAAUGUGCCAGACCCUAGGCAAUAUCACUUUUCUUAUUUAAAUUUCACUUAGGAAGUGUCCCCAUUUUACAUAAAGAACUUAAAGAGGUCAUGUAGUUAGUUAAAAUAAUUAUAGCUACCUUCUACCAAAACCGGUGCCUUCUGUGCAGCAGGUACUUUGCAUACAUUAUUUAAUCUGCAUCAACAGCCUCCUGAGUAGUUUUUUCUGUCAUGUGGGAUAAAUUAUCAGAGGUUUACAGUUUAACCUAAAGGAUUAAGGUAGGGGGAUCACUAAAGCCUUUCUUUUCCGACUAUACCGUGUAGCUUUAUUUUUAGAUCAGAAAGACAGACUAAAUAAAAAUUGAGAUAGUUUAAAUCAAGGCCAAAUGAAGGAUCAUUUAUUGAGUCCCUGCUAUGUGGGGAAUGAAUAUGAAUGAAUGGUUUGGCCUACAAAGAAGUAUAAAACUGUCGUUACCACUGGAGUAUAUCUGAAGAGAUAAGGCAUAAAUAUGUAAGAAAUUAAAUAGUAUUCAUUGGAUAAAUUAAUUAUUGAGACCAACUUUAUACAGUUGCUGCAUUAAAUCUAGUGGCUGGGUGGAUCAUCCCAAGUGAAAUCAUAAUCACCAUUUAAAUGAUUUUUAAUGGCCAGAACACAAUAUACACUAAGUGUUUGUUACAUGCACACAUGUCUGAAUAAAAGUCCUUUUGUACCAUCUGGACCAGAGGUUCUCAAACCUUGCUGAUCAGAAAUACCUGGGAAGCUUUUAAAAACUAAUUAACCUGUGGGAAUAGAGGCCCUAGAAUAUACACUUUUGAAAAAUUUUCUGGGUCAUUAUAUUGAUAGGUUCAGGAACCUCUGACCUAGAUUCUAUAUGGACCACUGUUGCAGGCAAGUCACUGAUUGAAAACUUCUAGAAUGGGUACUAAUGCAAGAGUUGCCCUAAGACAGCCUGUGAUUGGUUACCAGCUGAGGGAUGUGGACAGUGCUCAGAGGCAGGAGAAGGAAAGGUUGGAGGGACUUGGGAAAGCCUCACAGAGGACUAGAGAUUUCCCUGGCCUUGAUGGAUGGAGAGACUUCUGGACAGGCACCACCAUGAAUUGUUUAGACAAAGUGAACAGAAGAAGACAUCAAGUUCAGCAGCACCCAAGUCAUUGGAUUCACCUGUGAUGAAAUGGGGGUCAGCCAGUCCGUGGGUUUUCCACCUGUCACAGGACCCCACCUCGUAGGCUGCGGGGAUGUGAUGGAGGGCCAGAGUCUCCAGAAACAUCCUAAUAGACAGAGAUGGUGGGCACUUUUUCCAGCCAGGAGGAAAGAGGGACUCUAGCUUCAAAGGUAGCUCGCAGAUCUUCUCACCUGGUUGAGGGCAGAUGCCUGAUCCUGAAAAGGGUUUUCGAUCUCAUCCUAACCAAGUAUGUAAGAGGAAGAGCAUGGGCCCACGUGCCAUUGGCCUUGAGCUCUCCAGACUGGGGGAGCUUCUUUCGACUCUUCUACCCCUGCCAAGAGGCAGAGGAGACCACGGAGCAGCCCCUGUGGAUUCCCCGCUAUGAAUACUGCUCCGGCCUGGCGGACUACCUGCAGUUUAAUAAGCGCUGGGGCGGGCUGUUGCUCAGCGUGGCUGUGGGAUCUUGUCGCCUGCCUGUUAGCUGGAAUGGCCCAUUUAAGACAAAAGACUCUGGAUACCCCUUGAUCAUCUUCUCCCAUGGCAUGGGAGCCUUCAGGACAUUGUAUUCAGCCUUCUGCAUGGAGCUGGCCUCCCAUGGCUUUGUGGUUGCUGUGCCGGAGCACAGGGACCAGUCAGCUGCAACCACCUAUUUCUGCAAGCAGGCCCCAGAGGAGAACCAGCCCACCGAGUCGCUGGAGGAGGAAUGGAUCCCUUACCGUCGAGUUGAAGAAGGGGAGAAAGAAUUCCACGUUCGGAAUCCCCAGGUGCAUCAGCGGGUAAGCGAGUGCAUUCGGGUGUUGAGAAUCCUACAAAAGGCCGCUGCUGGGCAGACCGUCCUCAACAUCUUGCCUGGUGGGUUGGAUCUGAUGACCUUGAAGGGCAGCAUCGACAUGAGCCGCGUGGCUGUGAUGGGACAUUCAUUUGGGGGGGCCACAGCUAUUCUGGCUUUGGCCAAGGAGACCCAAUUUCGGUGUGCUGUGGCUCUAGAUGCUUGGAUGUUUCCUCUGGAACGUGACUUUUACCCCAUUGCCCGAGGUCCUGUGUUCUUUAUCAAUGCUGAGAAGUUCCAGACAGUGGAGAGUGUCAAUUUGAUGAAGAAGAUAUGUGCCCAGCAUGAACAGUCCAGGAUCAUAACUGUCCUUGGUUCUGUUCAUCGGAGUCAAACUGACUUUGCUUUUGUGACUGGCAACUUGAUCGGUAAAUUCUUCUCCACUCAGACCCGUGGGAGCCUGGACCCCUACGAAGGGCAGGAGGUUGUGGUGCGGGCCAUGCUGGCCUUCCUGCAGAAGCACCUGGAAACACAUCAUAGCCCACUGCCCACCCCUCUUGACCAGAUAUCCCUUCCUGACCCAGUAAGAAUGGAGGAGGAUAGCAUCAUCUGCGUGAGACUGGUCCCUCAGCAGACCUACAAGAGAACUAUGAUCAAUGGAACAAUCUCAUUGAAGGCAUUGGACCAUCGCUCACCCCAGGGGCCCCACACCAUCUGUCCAGCCUGUAGGCACAGCUGGCCAUUUGCCAAAGAUCACUUGAGCUGAGUUUCUAUCUGGGGGCUUCCCAGGGGCACCUCAAACCUGCUAUCAGGAAGUGGUCAACAUGACACUUUUUCACAGAUUAAGAGGAUAUAAUCACACUGCUGAUUAGAUAACUGGGUACUUUGAUCUUAGACUUGUUGAUCUUAAACUCACAUUGGAAUUGGGAUCACUUACUGAUUGGUGAACUGACUUUCUGGGGCUUGAGCCCCCAGGGUAUGGGGAACUAGCAGUGAGGUGGGACUGGGGAGACCCAGGCCAGAGCUGAGCCCUGUGAAGCCUGCAUGUUGAACGAGCUGACGCCCUCACUUCAGGCCAGUGUUGCCUCUUUAGUGGAAGAGAUGGAGCCAGAGGACGGAGUGAAAAUCCCAACCUUCAGGGACUCUAGCCCAGCGGGCACCGUCUUUUCCUACCACUCCAUCUUCUGCCUCCCUAGGGCCUCUUGGUGAAGUGUGAGCUCUGGGCAGCUCUCCAGGAUGUGGACCAUUAUCAGAUUUUCUAUUUAUUUUCAAGUCUUCCAAUCACAUGAAACAUAGUGCCACUUAGUGAGUACUAAAUCAUACUUGUGAGCCCAUGGAGGGCAGACAGCAUGGUUCGCAGCACAGAGAAGCUGGGAUACAAAGGGGUACCUCAGAAUCUCUGGAUAUCUUUGGGGCUUUGCUAGAAAUGUAUCUGGACAGGAAACAACACAAGUAGGUUAUGUUGGGGAACAUAGAAGAACAGUGUCAAACAGCCAUGUGUACAGGCCCUUGCCACAAGAGGGGGAUAGUUUGGUCAGUUAAAACCUAGGAGGCCACUCCUAGAGAGGUCUAGGAACACCUUGGUCUUGCCUCUUACUUCAGAUACUAGGAACCUCCAACUUGCUCAGAAUCAGGGUGUUUUAGUUGUUUUCUGACUCUGAGGCCCUCAUCCCAAAUUUAAGUCAGGAUACAGACUGGAUUUCCAUUCUGUUGCAUUUAUGAUAUGAAUGAUAUUAAUACUCACGUUUGCCUAAUGUUACGUUGGAAUAUUCUGUCUAUUAAAUCUGCAUUAGAACAAGAUGGGGAGCCAUCUGGAAGUGA